UGGGACCCAACUGGAGUGGAGUGUCCCUGGGCCCUAGCACCUGCAAGGGAUCGGAGUGGUGUUAACUCCUGAGGUGUGGGUGGCUGGGUGGAAAGAGAACGUUCCCUUUAAAGGAAGAGCAAGGCAGCCCCCGGACCUUCACGGGGAGAGGAAUGCGGAGGGUGCAGGGAGUGUCCAGGUGGAGAGCUGCCCAAGCUGGUAUCCGCACCAUGACCUCAGGGUAUAGGCGGAGGAAAGCAGGGACGAUGGGCCUCCCACCACAGUCGAAUGCUCUGGGCAAGGGAAGUGGGGCUGUGCACCCACCAAGGGUUUCUGAGGCCAGGGAGGCCAGGCCUGAGCAUCUCCUGGAGCCUGCAUCCACAUGGCCCUCUGGACCCCCUGUGGUGGGCAACACGGCUCUGCUCCACCCAGACCCCUCCUCUGUAUGACACCCAGGUCCGGAUGCACCGAAGGCGCUUCUGGACCCUCCUCCUCCUGACCCUGCUCCUGCUCCUGCUGGUUGGCCUCCUGCAUGUGGAUGUGGAAAUGCUCACACCCCUACUCGGGGGCCAGACUGAGGGGCUGCCCAUCACCAACAUCAUGUUUCUCAAGACGCACAAGACCGCCAGCAGCACGGUGCUCAACAUCCUCUUCCGUUUUGCUGAGGGGCACAACCUGUCGGUGGCGCUGCCAGCCGGCUCGCGCUUCCACCUGGGCUACCCCUGGCUCUUCAUGGCGCGCUACGUGGAGGGCGUGGAGCAGGAUGGCCCACAGCGGCACUUCAACAUCAUGUGCAACCACCUGAGGUUUAACCUGCCCGAGGUGCAGAAAGUGAUGCCCAACGACACUCUAUACUUUUCCAUCCUCAGAAACCCCAUCUUCCAGCUGGAGUCCUCCUUCACCUACUACAGACGCGAAGCGCCCGCCUUCAGGGCCGCCCCGAGCCUGGACGCCUUCCUGGCGGCCCCGCACACCUACUACAACCAGAACCUGAGCAACGCUUACGCCCGGAACCACAUGUGGUUCGACCUGGGCUUCGACCCCAACGCGCCGGUGGAGGAGAGCUACGUCCGCGCGCGCCUGGCUGAGGUGGAGCAGCGCUUCCAGCUGGUGCUCAUCGCCGAGCACUUCGACGAGUCCAUGGUGCUGCUGCGGCGCCGGCUGCGCUGGCGGCUGGACGACGUGGUCUCCUUCAAGCUCAACUCGCGCAGCCAGCGCACCGUCACCCGCCUGACGCCCGAGGGCCAGGAGCGCGCCAAGCGCUGGUGCGCCCUGGACUGGCACCUCUACCAGCACUUCAACCGCACCUUCUGGGCCUCAGUGCGCGCCGAGCUGGGCCCGCGGCGACUGCGCUCCGAGGUGGCGAGGCUUCGGGCGCGGCGGCGUGAGCUGGAAGCCCUGUGCCUGCAGGACAGCGCGCCCAAGAACAAGACGCAGAUCACCGACCGCAGGCUGCAGCCGUUCCAGUCCGGGGAGGCCAGCAUCGUGGGCUACAACCUCAGGCAGGGCUUGGACAACGAGACGCUGCGCAUGUGUCAGCGGAUGGUCAUGCCCGAGCUCCAGUACAUGGCCCGCUUGUACACCCUGCAGUUCCCCGAAAAGCCCCCCAAGAACAUCCCCUUCCUGAAGGCAUAGCCCCUCCGUUUGAUGCCCGUCCCUCUGCUGCCACGUUGGGAGGCCCUGGGCACAGCCUCAGGCUCGUAGCUGGGCUCCUGGGAUUACAGCUCCCCACUCCCAGUGUCCAGUGAGGAAAACGCCUGCAGGAGGAACUCAUGUUGGACGCAGUCCCGGAAGAGAGCCUGUUUGUUGUUCGUGGGGAGGGACUGAGGGUGCCCUGCCUGGGAGGACAUGAUUCCUGGCUGCUCGGGGGCCCAGCGGUGAGAGUGGGAUGCACACAGUCAGUGUCAUAUGCCCUUCAAAACACGUGGUGCCCGGAGCGCUGGAGGAGUAGCUGCUCUCACAGCUCAGCCUGGAGGCUCAGCCUGGCCUGCCUGCCCGGUGCUGGGGGCCUUCCUUUCCCCUCAGGGCCUCCAGCUCAGAGGACCUGGCAGCUGGGCUGGGCACCUGCAGCAGGUACUCCUGUGUGUAGGUGUGUCCACACUUUUCAGGCGAAUCAGCAUUUCAAAGAAGGGGAG